UAAGAAUGUGUCAAGUGCAAGAAUCGAGUCCAGUAAUCAAAAAGAAUCUAAUAGUACUCAUCUUUUUUCAACAAUCAACUUCAAUCGAAUGAUCGAUCCAUUCUCAACGGUUUGCCAUCGUAACAAUCAUAAAUCAAUCGUGGAUCUCAAUAACAACAAU